AUGGCAACCAAGCAGACAGAGCCGGUCACCAUCAUUAGCCUCCGGAAGCUGAGCCUGGAGACCCCAGAGCCACAGCAGAAAGAGUCAAAGACGUUUACCGUGGAAGAUGCUGUGGAGACCAUUGGAUUUGGACGUUUCCACAUUGCUCUGUUUCUGAUCAUGGGCAGCACUGGGGUUGCCGAGGCCAUGGAGAUCAUGUUAAUAGCAGUCGUGUCUCCUGUCAUCCGCUGUGAAUGGCAGCUGGAGAAUUGGCAGGUGGCAUUAGUGACCACGAUGGUGUUUUUUGGCUACAUGGUAUUCAGCAUCCUCUUUGGCCUUCUGGCUGACAGAUAUGGCCGCUGGAAGAUUUUGCUCAUCUCGUUCCUGUGGGGAGCCUACUUCUCCUUGCUGACCUCUUUCUCUCCCUCGUACAUCUGGUUUGUCUUCCUGCGGACAAUGGUGGGCUGUGGCGUGUCUGGUCACGCACAAGGGCUAAUCAUAAAGACUGAAUUUUUGCCUACAAAAUAUCGAGGCUAUAUGCUCCCCUUGUCUCAGGUGUUCUGGCUGGCUGGCUCCCUGCUUAUCAUUGGCCUGGCCUCUGUGGUCAUCCCCAGCAUUGGGUGGCGAUGGCUCAUCCGCAUCGCCUCUAUUCCUGGCAUCAUCCUAAUCUUGGCCUUCAAGUUUAUUCCUGAGUCCGCUCGCUUCAAUGUCUCCACUGGGAACACUCAGGCUGCCUUGGCCACGCUGGAGCAUAUCGCCAGGAUGAACCGCUCCGUCAUGCCAGAGGGGAAGCUGGUAGAGCCCAUCCUGGAAAAAAGAGGAAGAUUUGCAGAUCUAUUGGAUGCUAAAUAUUUACGGACCACGUUACAGAUCUGGGUCAUAUGGCUGGGAAUUUCUUUCGCCUACUACGGGGUCAUCCUGGCCAGUGCUGAGCUGCUGGAGCGGGACCUGGUUUGUGGUUCACGGUCUGAGUCCGAGGUGGUGGUGACUGUGGGGGACACAGAAGGGAGCCAGAGCCCCUGCCACUGCCACAUGUUUGCCCCCUCUGACUACAAGACCAUGAUUAUCAGCACCAUUGGUGAAAUUGCUCUGAAUCCUUUCAAUAUCCUGGGCAUUAAUUUCCUGGGAAGACGGCUGAGUCUUUCUAUCACCAUGGGAUGUACAGCCUUAUUCUUCCUUCUCCUCAACAUUUGCACAUCAAGUGCUGGCCUCAUUGGCUUCCUGUUCAUGCUGAGAGCUUUGGUGGCAGCCAACUUCAACACCAUCUAUAUUUACACUGCUGAGGUCUACCCCACGACGAUGCGUGCUUUGGGGAUGGGGACCAGCGGCUCCCUGUGUCGCAUUGGUGCAAUGGUGGCACCAUUUAUAUCCCAGGUUCUUAUGAGCGCAUCCUUUCUGGGAGCCCUGUGUCUUUUCUCAUCAGUCUGUGUUGUAUGUGCCAUUUCUGCAUUGACUCUCCCUAUUGAGACCAAAGGACGGGCCCUACAGCAAAUUAAAUGAAGACCUGCAAGCCAAUGUCUACCAGAGAAGAAAAAUGCAUUUUGUCUUUACAAAGAGCUGUGGCACAUUUUUAAAAACUUGGUUUAAUUUCUGUAUGCUAUUUGGUAAUUAAGAAACUGAUUAUGUAUUUUUGAAAAAUAAGGCACAUGAGAAUGAGGUGGGUUAAUUUUGUAUUCCCGUCUAUAGAACUUUUAUAAAAAUAUACUUCAAAGAUUGGAAAGGUGGGUCUAUGGGAGGUGGGCAGGGGGAAGGUAGCUUUUCUUCUUUGACAUGAAGUCUGUUAAAGUUUCUCAGAGAAAACACAUAUGUAUUUGAUAUUCUCCCAUGCGGCUUGUAGCAAAAGUUGGACUGAAAUUGUGUAGCCAAGGCAUGAACUUGGGGCUGUAUCAUUAAGCCUUUCAAAACAAAGUCACCAAAUUCACAAGAAAAAUGAGCGUUUAAAUUGUGGCC